UUUUCGUCUAAACUUUCAAAAAUGGCCCAGCCAGGUGAUGUUCCUUUGAAUAUUAAAAAAGUUGACCUGAUUGAUGGACUAGGAUUUCAAUGGAAUAAUUCGAUUGUUCGCUCUACAGUCUGUUCUAUUUUUAAAGUAAUAAUAAAAGUGGUGUUCCUUAUGAUUUGUGUCAGUGCAUGUUGCGUUUUGCUGUGGCUUGAAGCAAUCACAAUUGCUAAGACAACUCCAAUCCACACAUUGGAAGAAAUGCAACAAGUUGAAGACGAAGAAGCUCUGAUGCAUAUAAAAUGCUUCAUCCUUUUAUUGUGGUCAUUUUCAGUUUACACUCUUAUCACAGAAAUGACAAAGAUCAUGCUGCUCAAUGAGAAAAUUCGAAUUCUCGAAUCAGUGAGACAUCGUUCGAAAAUGGAGUCAACUCUUUCACUUAUUCGACAAAAAUCAUAUUUCGACGCGUACGCCUCUGAUUUUAUUAUUCGAAAUCAGCAAAACGAGAAAAUCAAUACGGUUAAAGAUGAAAUGGAUGCAGAAGAAAUGGUACAUCAUUUGGUUCAUGGAAUGAAUCCUCAUAAAAAUUCUUAUUGAAUAAUUAAUGUCGCUUUUCAGUUUUUAUAGAUUAUUUAAGUUUUUUGUAAUAAAGAUUUGCGUUGAUAAA